UCCAUGGAAUCCGUCAGCUCCAAUGACUCGCCGUCCCCUUUCUCUUCCCCUCGCCUAACAAUCAACCCCCGCAUUUCCCGUGCUCUAUACCACCCUCUUCUCCUCCUCCAUCGCUCUGGCCAAAUAUUCCACAUCCUCGGCUCUACCUCCAAUGUCUACACAGUCACUCUCUCCCAAACCCCAACUUGUUCCUGCCCUGACCCCACCAUCCCAUGCAAGCACAUACUCUUUAUCAUCCUCCGCGUCCUACGCCUCCCCGUCUUUUACCCAUCACUCCUCCGCCGCUCCCUCCCACCCUCUCUUCUUUCUCGCCUUCUUUCCUCACCCACGAACCGUGAUUCCCUCGCCAACCCCCGCGUUCUCCACCGCUUCCGCCAACUAUUCUUCUUAACAACCGCUACCACAUCAAGAGAAGGGGAGGAGAACAGAUCACUAGGAUUGUGUCCAAUAUGUUUGGAGGAGAUGGAAGUUGAGAUUGAAGGAAGAGUGCUGAGGUGUGGGGUUUGUGGGAAUGGCUUGCAUAAAGAGUGUUGGGGGAGGUGGAAAAGUAUUAGGGGUAAGAGAGGGGCAAGCUGUGUGAUUUGUAGGGCGAGGUGGACGAGGAGGAGGGUGGUGGAUAGGUAUUUAAAUUUGGCAGAAGUUGCCCGGGAGGAAGAGGUGGUCGCAAUGAAUGGUAGUGAUGGGAGUAGCAUUUGCGGCGAAGUUCCUCCUGGGUGAUUGAUAUAGGCUCCAUUAAAUUUGUUUUUCAAGAUGACCGAU